CUGUCCAUCACCGACGAGCAGCUGACGUUCCGCUACGAGUUCGAGCACGAGCUCGGCCACGGCAACUGGGGCAGCUGCUGGCGCGCCAUCCCCGAGUCGACGCUGCAGGUGUACCGCGAGACGCCGGCGAAGCGCGGCUACGUGCGCCCGCCUGUCAAGUUCGUCGAGCGCACGGCCGACGCUGCCUCGCACGCACGCACCAAGGCGCUGUGGAACGAGUUCAAGAUCCUGCGCAGCACGGGCCCGCGCGACCAUGUGCACCGCAACAUCGUGCGCUUCCACGAGUUCCUGCUCACGCCCAGCUUUGCCUGCCUGGCGAUGGAGUGGUACGAGCAAGAGAUGAAGGUCGGCCUGCCGCCGAGCGAGUACGCCGGCGCCCACGGCUACUGCGCGCAGCUGGCGUCGGCCGUGGCGUGGCUGCACGAGCGCAGCGUCGUGCACUGCGACAUCAAGGUCGCCAACGUGCUCGUCAAGCGCAGCGAUGCCCGCAGCGAGGCCAUCCUCGUCGACUUUGGCUUCGCCCGCCUGCACACGCCCGAGUCGCGCUUCCUCUCGAGCGAGCUGUGGGGCACGCCCGAGUACCUGUCGCCCGAGCGUGCGCGCGGCGACGAGCACGACGAGCGCCUGGCCGAUGUCUGGGCGCUCGGCGUGACCUUCUUCGAGAUGGUCGUCGGACGUACGCCGUUCGAGGACGACGACGACGAGCCCUUCGACCUCUCGCAGGAGCAGAUCCACGCCUACUACCAGCGCACCCUCACCGACACCUGGGCCGACACGUGCACUAAGCUUUCGCCGCUGAUGCUCGACCUGUGCCGCCGCAUGCUGGCGCCCGAGCCCGGCGCUCGCAUGACGUCCAGCGCGUGCCUCGUGCACCCUUUCUUU